AUGCAGUGGUGUGCUGUAUCAGUGUUUGGCCUUGCCGUCAUUAUCCAUAUCGUGUCUGCUCGAUUCCGAGCUAUUUUUCCACCAGAAGAAAUCUUAAAAUGUUUUGAAGAAAAACGUUUUCAUACCAAUGCCACCGAUCCACGCUGGGACUGCAGUCACAGUUGGUGUGUACAGAAAUUCCGGUGGCACAUGGCAAAACGGCUGUGGCAUAAUAUCUCCAGUGAAACAAACCAAUGGGUGGAUGAGCUACUGCGCAUGACGGAAGGAGAAAGGCGGAAGCGACAGGCGGAGCCAUUAAGAGUUCGACAAGAGUAUCGCCGUCUUACAGACACAGAAAGACGAAAUUACCAUAGAGCAAUACAGAUGCUCAAGGCGGAUUCAUCUAUUCAGCCAAACCGGUAUGACGCCUUAGCAAAUCUUCAUCAGAAACUAGGAGACGACAUCCAUCACGGCGCAGCUUUUCUAGGCUGGCACAGGGUCAUGCUAAUCAUAUACGAGAAUGCUCUUCGCCAGAAAGUUCCUUCAGUGAUUCUGCCGUAUUGGGAUUCCCGGAUGGAUGAACGCCUUACCAAUCCGAGUCUUUCCGUCAUGUGGACGGGAGAAUUUAUCGGGAACGGCUUCGGGAGAGUCGCCAGUGGACCUUUCGCUUACUGGCAAACCCCUUCUGGGCCCCUUGUCAGGAAUUUAGGACAAGAAGGUCAGUUACUGUCGAACAGACAGACGCAAGCGAUACUCUCUCGAGUCCGGAUGUCAGACAUUACCGAGCCGCAUGCGCAGCCUCCGUUUGACUUUGAAAUCCGACACGGAGAGGUUCAUAAGUGGAUUGGUGGACUAAUGGCGCCAGCUGAACACUCCGCGUUUGAUCCUGUAUUUUUCCUGCAUCACACGUUCGUGGAUUAUUUGUGGGAACUUUUUCGUGUGAACCAGCGCAGGGCCGGAGUAAAUCCCACAACGGACUAUCCACGGAGAUUUGGUCCGGCAUCACAGUCUCCGAAUUCAAAGAUGGGUUUUGGGAAACUCAACAUGAUUCAUGGUCUGAGUGACAUAUAUACGUCACAGAUUUACACCUACGAGAACUCUCCCACGUGCACAUAUCGUCAGACAACUUGCGGUAGUAAGUAUCUCCGGUGCGAGGUUCGAUUCGGGUCGCCUAACUGCGUGAGUGUUACUGCAGUCGAAUCUCAAGCGUUUGGAAACGGAAAUCCGUCCAGAAUGGGUACGUCUAGAGCAAGACCGACGCCCCGGUCCGGCAACAACCAACGACAAAGACCGAUUCCCCGCACCGGAAGUGCGUCAAGAACACGCGGAGGUCCAAUGAAUAACAAUUUAGCUCAAUCACGUGGACGGCAAAUGCCCCCUAUGGGACCCCAAACACGCGGGAGACAAACGCCUCCUGGAGGUCCCCAGUCACGUGGUAGGCCAAUGCCUCCCAACAUGUGGUCGCAACAACCCCCGUCAUCUCCACAACAGCCGCCUCAAAUGCCACCAUUUCCGCCUAAUUUCUUCGGCAACAGAGCAAAAAGGAGUUCGGGAAAUGGAAAUGGAAAGGGAAAGGGAAAGGGAGCGGAGAACCAUCUACAGAUUUUCAGAAGUAUGGGCGAAAUCUGUCCGGUGAAAGAACCGCCGCACGCAAUACAAAAUAUAUUCGAAAUGAACGGAUUGACGGAUACUCGGGUCUGGGUUUACGUACCCGUUGAAAUCGUGUUGAAGCGAAAUCCUCAACUCCAAAAGUUCAACGUUUUUCCAAUUCAAAACUCAAAAAUUGUUGAUAAUGUUGACAUGUAUGAUCCAACACAGUAUGCUAGUUUGAAGGAAUUUUUUAUCCCACAAGACGACAAAGGAGCUCAAUUCUGUAAAGCGGAAAGAAAAGAUUCAGUUUUCAUGAAAAUGAUGGUUCACAGUAAUGGGCUGAACUAUCACGGAACUUAUCGGGAAUUCGCACUUCUUGAUGCGAGGCAACCUUUUUCUUCGUCAAUUGUUUAUAUAGCUGUAAAAAGUCCAGAAAAACAUUUAACGGAAGUACUUUUAACUACAUACGACGAGUGCGGACGAGUAUGUCAACCGUACUGUCGAAAAUCUGGAAGAUUUGUUCCUUGUUCCGGGGCAGUGCAAAUAACUUCAUCACCUCCUAAAAUGUACGGGACCGAUUACGGCGACGCCGUGCGAUUAGUGUGGGACGUAUCAGGGGAGUUUCCGGUUCUGAAUCAUGACAGAAUUUCUGUGAGAUUUCUUUGUUAG